AUGUUCCACAAGCUUCUAUUGGCAUUGCCUCUUCUCUCGCUUACAUUCCUUGCUCUCGCCGGUCCAGUGGAACAACGCGAGGCAGCACCGGGACUCAUCGAUGACUUGUUGAAAGGCGUCCUGUCACCGAUCGCACAACUCAUCAAGGAUGUCCUCGCUGGUACAAAAUCUGGUAUCGACGACUAUAAGACCAACAAGCCACUUAUUUGCUUGUCUGCCGUUGACUCUUGCUGUGCUUGGUAUGAUGUAUCGAAAGAGCUCACUAGCCUAUUUUUACAGGCCGACGGUCAAUGUAACGACAACGCUCGCGCAGCAGUACGCUUUGGCUUCCACGAUGCCGGUUCAUGGGACAAGAACGCCCCCAACGGCGGCGCCGAUGGCUCCCUGUUGAUGAACUUUGGCGAGGAAGGGCGACCUGAGAACAACGGAUUGCAGACUAUCCGCGGAGUGCUCCAGAAUGUUCAGAAGAAGUAUAAUGUCGGCUACGCCGAUCUGGUUCAGUACGCACACAAUCAUGCCACUAUCUCUUGCCCCAAGGGCCCUCGUAUCCGGACCUUUGUCGGCCGCAAAGACGCGACACAGGCUGCACCAAAGUUCCUGCUACCAGACGUCAACGACAGCGCAGAUAAUCUCAUCGCACUAUUUCAAGCCAAGGGGUUCUCUGCGCACGAUCUAGCUGCUCUCGUUGGUGCUCACGCUACAGCAAAGCAGCGCUUCGUUGAUACAACUCAAGCCGAGAAACCGCUCGACACCACCCCAGAGACGAAACCAAACAGCAAGAUUUUCGUUCUUCCUUCCGACAAGGUGCUGAGCGUCCACCCAAAGGUCAAUGAUGAGUGGAAGUCUUUUGUUGGCGACCAGAAGCACUGGAACGAAGACUACGCAAAGGCUUAUAUUAGGAUGAGCUUGACAGGCGUCACCAAUCUGAAGGAUUUGAAGGACUGCACAAGGACAUUGCCUGCGAGCAGACCCAACUUUGUCGCUCCCAAGCUACAAUAG